CCACUCUGGAGUGUCAUAAAAAAUUACUGGUUAUCGAUGGCAUUCAGUAUGAAUGAUAAUCAUCGUGGUAGGGUAAUGCGCUCCUUAUAUUCGUUAAAUAGGCACAUUUUAUAUGAGAAAAUUGGACGAAUCGAUAGCAAUUACCGCACUUAUAUUACUGAGAAACUAUACCCAGUGCAUCUAGACAAGUGGGGCUGGUGAGCUUCUAUUCACCAGAGAACAACAUAGAACGAUGGAACAUACAGGAAGGAAAAAACUUAUAGAAUCUUGUUUUAGAGACUGCGUGGGUGGUGAUGUACUCAUUCUGCAGUACAUGGGAUUAUACUCAAUGGGUAAUAUUUUUAGGGAUAGUAAACCACGGUGGUACUAUUGGGAAGUUAUACCAUAUAGUAUUGGAUUGGCAACAAUAACAUUUGCUCUUAUAUGUGACACACGUAAUGUGUACGACACUGCUCAAGUUAAUUCGAUGUUAUCGAUUGAGGUGGCUGCAGCGGUAUUUACUGUUACUUUAGCUGCAUUCAAAGGAUAUCGUAUACUGUUGCGUCGAAAGGAGCUUUACGAUAUAUUGAAAGUUUGCCACCAGCGAUGGAUUAUCCAAACAUCACGGAAUGCUAUAACAGAGGGCGCCAUAGAAAAUGCUAAGAAUGCACGGCUACUAAGGAUGUGUUAUGCUGUAGCUAUCAUUGGGACUGUUGGAUCUUACAACUUGCGCCCUUAUAUAUUAUACCUGAAAUUUCGACUUUCUGAGACCAACGAUUCCUUCGAUUUUUCGCAAACCGUUUAUCCGGCUCAUUAUCCUUUCAUAUUAAAUUCAUAUACUCAGUAUUUUUUGUGUGCCGCCUGGGAGCAUAUGGGCUUAUAUUUUUUAGCUCUCUGCUGGAUAUCAGCGGACUGUCUUUUUACUCAAUUCUCCACAUACUUUUCAAUUGAAUUCAAUAUACUUGCUAAUGAUAUUCGUCGCAUAGAUUUAGCUAGCAACUCCACAAGUCCGAGAAAUACGGUGAUAAUCGUGAAAGAAUUGAAGAGAAUUAUACGCGAGCAUAUUGAAUUAUUUUCAUAUGUUCAUGCGAUGGAAGAAUGGUAUAAUCCAAUAAUUUUUGCUACUUUAUUACUCAAUGGACUGAACUUGUGCAGCCUUCUGUACAGUCUUCAAUAUAGAAUCGCAGAAAAUAAUUGGAGAGACGCCAUAAAAAAUACGAGUCAUAUAACUGCUAUAAUUAUGCAGACUAUUCUCUUUUGUUCAUAUGCUCAGUACUUGAGUGAUGAGAUCAAUGGAUUCCGCCAAGCAGUUUAUGAAUGUUCAUGGACAAACUUCAAUCUACAAACACAGGCCAUUAUUUUAGUUAUAAUGAUCCACACAGAACGUGAUUACACGUUCUCAGCGUACGAAUUGUUUAACUUAAAUAUGGCUCAAGUCACUACAAUAUUCAGCGCUGCCAUGAAAUUUUUAACAAUAUUACGCAAUCUCACCUAAAUAACAUCGAUGAACUUUUGUAGUAAAAAUUAGCGAGUGAUAUACAUUUUUGUAGUUCAUAAUUCAAUAAACCAAGUGAUUUGGCGAAUGUUCCACAUUGAUGGAAAAGCCUAGAAAUUGAACUCCGAUAAAGUCUUGUUAAGGAAUCGAGUAACAAUCGUGACGAUUGAACCAAAUGCAUUCACGAAAACUUUUCUCGUCAUUUUCGUAAUCGAAAAGCGAACGUGAGUUUCGUAGAUUUUACGAAUUAUUUUCCCCAUCAAAAUUUCAGCCAAUGCAAGCGUAACAUUCGACAAUUUUUUGC